AUGAACAAGACGGAAGAGCUAUGUGGGCGACUACCGAAGCUGCUAGACCACGAAUGGGCUGAGGCGACGGCCCAUCGCAUCCAGGACUGCGUGUCCCAACCGGUCCUGCUGACCUCACCAACUCACACAACGUCAAUUCACAUACUCAUGGUGAAGCAUGACGACUGCUACAACCCAGCGCUUGUCGCCGCUGUCUGGGACCGCGUACAGCCGGAUGCCGUGGCUCUCGACGUGCAGCCCCAAUAUCCCAAGUCCUUCACGCGCAUGGCGAAAGCAAUGUACCCUGGACUCAUGGACAAGCUCCUGUCCACUCCCCUGACUUCCUUGUCCGGCGCCUUGGACCAUGCCGACGACUUUGACCGCCUGCGUUGGCAUCACGCGCUUCUGCAGGUGGUUGGCCAGGGCGCCAGCCCCAUCCUCAUCUCCCAGGCCGCCCUCUUCAACGUGUUUGCUAACCGAGACUUGCACCUCACUGAGGCCAUUGCUGUGGCGCAUCUCGCCGUGCAAGGACCUGCGGCAGGGGCAGACGCGAUCAUGCUCCAGGCGUUGGGUGAGGAUGAUUUCUGGACCGACGAAGACAGUGCGGCGUACAGACGAACGCUCCUGCAGGUCGCGGAUCCAAAAUUGAGGUCCGCGGUUAGCACGUGGCUGCAGCGUUUCGUGUUGAGCCGGUUGGAGCAGGCGCUCAGUCGGCAGCAGCUGGAGGAAUCUUUUGUGAGCGCAGCAGCUGGUCGGGUGGCUCACGAGGCCCACUGUAUCGCCCACUCUGAACCGCGAGUACGCGAGCACCUGCGGCUGCAGGGGCUGCAGACAGCACAUCACCUGGCUCGCCUGCGGGACAUCGCCUCGGGUCGACUGGGUGGUCGCAGGUGCAACCGGAUCCUGGCGGUCAUGAGCGCAGAGCAUGCCUUGAGGCUUCGGCGGCUGGCGGAGGCGCCGGGGGAGGCCGUCGGCCCUGCUCUUGUUGGAGGCACUGGAUGA